UACAAAUAGACCCUUUAAACCAUGAUCAGAAUAUCAUGGUUAUUGAUAUAAUGACUAAAGAUUACAUAAAUCAUAAAGAACACAAACUACACAUUUUAUAACAACAUCAAAUCCUAACCUCCGUACUAUGCACGUGAAUUUAACGUGUUACAAAUCGGAUCGGAGCGAGAACUGUUUUUAAAAUAAACCGAAAAAAUUGAUAUGGAACGUAUAAUAUAGUCUUAAUAUGAAAGCCCCAAAAAAUAGUGAUAUUUAAAUUAUAUGAAGAAGAGCCAUGCAACGGCGGUGAGAAUAGAGCCGGAGACAGAGAUCUCGAGCAAUGAGGCUCUUCCGGUCGGAGGCGAAGCUUCAGGGACGUCACUAGCGCCAGCUCCGCCGUCGGACGAUGGAGACAUGUCUGGAGUAGGAGCUGGCGGAGAGGAGGCGGUUGGUGCAUCGGACGAGCUGGAAGGACCUUCGGAAGAAUCGUCGGAACUUGAGUCAGGACUUGCGGCGGGAGUUUUGGCUGAUGAUGACUUUGGAGACUUUGCGGUGUUGCCGCUGCCUGAAGAUGGGGAAGGGCUUGGAGUUGCGGUGGAGUUUUUCUUGGCCAUGGUCGGAGCAGCCGUAGGUGGCGAGGUUGGGGGGGAGGCGGUUGCUUUUGGGGAUGCUGAAGCCGCGGGAGAAGGAGAAGUCGAGUUUUUCCCGCCGUUGGCUUUCGGUGCGCUUGCCGGUGUUGGUGGAUCGGCGGCGAAGACUGCGGUUACGGCCAAGGCGGCUACGGCGAGAGAUAGGAGUUUAAGUGUCAUUGUCAUUUUGUUUGUAAAGAUGUGUGUGAAUAUGUUUUUUCUUGUGUGGUAUGGUCUAUUACGUCUCGUUCUUGUGUCUCUCGAUCGAGUGUUUUUUUCUUUUAUGGUAAAUUAAAGGUGAAA